AUGGCCUCGCGGCCACAGCAACGCCUGGCUAGCAUCCAAAGACAGUUUAGCAGCUCUGCGCCACAAAGAAAAGAGAUUCGAGAUGCAUACAUUAUAAGUGCGAGCCGAACACCAACCGCGGUGUUCAAUGGCAACUUCACAACCGUAUCCGCGACCCAACUAGGCGCCACAGCCAUCAAGUCCGCACUCGAAAAGUCAAAAGUACCGGUUUCUUCGAUAGAUGCUGUAUACAUGGGCAAUGUCCUCUCUGGAGGCGUCGGGCAAGCCCCAGCACGACAAGCAGCCAUCUUCGCCGGCCUACCCACCAAUAUCGAAGCCACCACCAUCAACAAAGUAUGCGCAUCGGGUCUGAAGGCAGUCAACAUUGCCGCCUCGACUAUCGAGCUCGGACAAGCGGAAGCACAAGUUGCGGGAGGAAUGGAGAACAUGACAAGAGUGCCAUAUUAUCUCAACAGGGCCAGUCAACAACCAGCAUUCGGCCACCAAAAGUUACAGGACGGCUUGAUUUCUGAUGGACUGUGGGAUGUCUACAACCAAAUCCACAUGGGCAACUGUGCAGAGAACACAGUCAAGAAGUACCAAGUCUCGAGACAGGAUCAAGACGACUACGCCAUCGAAACGUACAAGCGCGCACAGCAAGCCUACAAGGACGGACUGUUCAAGGAUGAGAUUGUACCAGUCACUGUCAAGUCGAAGAAGGGCGAGACCGUCAUCUCCGAGGACGAGCAGUACAACAAGCUCAAGCUGGACAAGGUUUCUACGCUGAAGCCGGCUUUUGAGAAGGGACCAGACGGCACAGUCACAGCAGCGAACAGCUCACCUCUCAGUGACGGCGCAUCAGCAUUGGUUCUUGGAAGUAAGGAGAUUGCACAGCAAUAUGGCAAGGACAGCCGCGUACUAGCAAAGGUUGUCACCUAUGCCGAUGCUGCUGUUGACCCCAUCGACUUCCCCAUUGCCCCCGCCUCCUGCGUCGAGAAACUUCUCAAGCAAUCCGGCCUUUCAAAGAACGACAUUGCCAUCUGGGAGUUCAACGAGGCCUUCGCCGCCGUCAUCAAGGCGAAUGCCAAGAUCCUCGGUCUCGGCACAGACAAUGUAAACCCAAGAGGUGGUGCUAUUGCUCUGGGUCACGCUCUGGGAAGCUCCGGAAGCAGGAUAUUGGUUACGUUGCUGCAUCAGCUGGAGGUUGGACAGUACGGUGCGGCUGUCAUCUGUAACGGAGGUGGCGCGUCAACGGGUAUCAUCGUACAAAGAGUCAGCGCGGAUCAACUGUAG